AUGUCUAUCUCCAUUACGAGCUACAAAGCGAUAAUUUUCGAUUUGGGUGGAGUCUGUAUUGGUUCCCCUAUGCAAGGCAUCUCUAAAUAUGAAAAGGAACAUGGGUUGCCUCCAAACUAUAUUAAUGUAGCAAUUAUGAAAAGAGGCGAGAAUGGCGCGUUCCAACGCUUUGAACGUGGCGAACUAUUAAUUCCAGAAUUUUACGAGAUAUUCGGCAAAGAGCUUUCAGAUCCGAUCAAUAAAGAGUACUACCAACAAUAUCUUAAUUCACGUAAUGGCGGAAAUCAAUCGUCCAAUUCAUUAUCAUCAAUACCAUCAAUAACCGUCGAUGGUAAACUAUUAUUCCGGUACAUAAUAUCCGAGACAUUAAUAGUAGACCCGACAGUUUUUUACGCGAUAAAAUGUCUUCGCGCCAGUAACAAAUAUAAAAUUGCUGCUUUGACAAAUAAUUUUCCAGCGCCUGCACACGAGUCGGAUCGAAAAGAAGUGGCGGCUUGGGGAGGAGGAAAAGGAGGUGCAGUACCAACACCUAUUGAGGAAUUGUACGAGUUGUUUCAUGUGAUUAUAGAGUCGAGUGUUGUUGGAUUAAGAAAACCAGAUCCCAAAAUAUUUUUAUUGGCCUGUGAACGAUUGGAAGUUAGCCCGAAGGAAGUUAUUUUUCUCGAUGAUAUUGGAAUAAAUUUAAAAUCCGCUAAAGAUCUAGGAAUGAAAACGAUCAAAGUAGAGCUUGGAAAAUCAGCAGAAGCAAUCAAGCAAUUGGAAGCACUUGUUGAGUUGCCACUUUUUGAACAAAAAAAGAAUGGAUCAUUGUUAUAA